CAUAAAUGUUUGUACUUUUUUCAUUUUGUUCCAAUUUUCAUGGUUUCUUAUUUUCACGUCCACAUGCAAAUUUCAGUAGAUGCAUCUCAAUUCACAUUCCUGUAACAAAAGCAAAAGUCGAGCUUUACUUUCUGUGUUUCUGGUUAAUUUUCGCGCCGGGCAUUGACGUCAAAUUUUGUGAAAUUUGUUUCGAAGCCUAAUAAAAUCAGUAAUCUAUUUUUCGUAACUGUCUGUAGAAGUGUUGUAGUGUGUUGUUAAAAUUCAAUUAAAUUUUGAUUAAAAUGAACGUAGAAUUACCGUUUAAAACGGAAUAUGCAAAAACCGGGCGAGCCAGUUGCAAGGGAUGCAAAGACACUAUCUCUCAGGGCUCGGUUCGCAUUGCCGUAAUGGUUCAGUCUGCUUUUCAUGACGGCAAACAAACGAAUUGGUUUCACGAAUCUUGCUUCUUUAAAAAGCAACGUCCUGGAUCCGUAGGUGAUAUUGCGAACUACGAGAAUCUUCGGAUUGAAGAUCAAAAGCGACUCGAGAAAAAAAUCGAAUCUUUAGGAAAUGGGGUUGUUGUCAGCACAUCUGAGAAGAAAAGUAAAAAACGUUCCAAAGCCGAAAAUAAUGCAUUGAAAGAUUUCGGCAUUGAAUACGCCAAAUCUGGUAGGGCAGCCUGUCGUGGGUGCGAACAAAAAAUUCUUAAAGAUCAGCUCCGUAUACGAAAAACUGUUUACGAUACUGAAGUAGGUAUGAAAUAUGGAGGACAGGCAUUAUGGCAUCAUUGCGAAUGUUUUGCUCAACUUCGCGGCGAAUUGGGCUGGUUAGAUACAGGCUCCAAUUUGCCAGGGUUUGACACUCUCGGAAAAGAAGACCAAGAAAAAGUGAAAAAAGCUUUGCCGUCAGUGAAAUCUGAAGAUGUUCCAGUUCCCAAAAAGGCUAAGUUGGAAAAGUUGGAUGAAGAAGAUGAGAAGAUUAACAAAGAAUUGUUGCAGAAAGUGGAAAAGCAAACGAAACGUCUACACAAACUUCGUGAUUUUGUUAAAGAGGAAAUGUCAAAAAAUGACCGGAAUAUGUUAUUACGCUUUAACCAUCAAGAUCCUGUCGAGGGCGAUUCAGAGAAGUUACUCGAUCAAGUUGCCGAUUUACUGACAUUUGGUGCUUUAGCACCUUGUUCCGAAUGUAAGGGUCAGCAGUUAUUGUUUAAUAAAUCAGGAUAUCUUUGCAAUGGGGAAUUGACUGAAUGGACGCGAUGCACAAAUUUACUUAAAGACCCGAAACGGGGAGCGUGUAAAGUACCAACAGAGUUAAAGAAAAAAUAUAAAUUCUUGAAAGAAGUCAGCAAAAAUCCAGAAGCACGUGCUAUCAGAUAUAUACCACCCAGUGCAGCGGUUAUAGCUAAAAAUGUUGAUUUGAAAAAGGAUAACGACUUAGUUGAUGGGCCUAAAGUGAAACGUGAACGGCCUCCUCUUUAUAAUUUAACAUUUUCUUAUGUAGGUUUCAAGGGCCAGGAAGAGAAACUUAAAAGCCGCGUAGCCCAGAUGGGUGGUAAAUGCGAGACAAAAAUAUCUGAAAAGACUGUAGCGGUGUUUUCUACAGCCAAAGAGGUUGAACGCUUAGGAAGUCGGAUGGAAAAAGCCAAGGAAUUAGGGCUACAUGUGAUACCCAUCGACUAUUUGGAUUCAGUCGACACUGAUCCAUCAGGUGCAGUUAGCUUUAUAACUAGUAUGACGUUGUGCGAUUGGGGCACAGAUCCCUCGCCGCGUGUACCUCAAGAGGAGAAGAAAAGUUUGAAAUCGAAAAGCAUUUAUACUAAAUCAGUGCCCUCAUCUAUGACUUUGAAAAUAAAAGAUGGUUUAGCGGUUGAUCCGGAUAGCGGCUUAGAAGACGUAGCCCAUGUUUAUAUCGCUAAGAAUAAGGAUAAAUAUAAUGCAGUUUUGGGUCAGACAGAUAUACAGCGCAACAAGAAUUCGUAUUACAAGUUGCAAUUGCUCCAGGAUGAUAAGAAAAAUAGAUUUUGGGUGUUUCGUUCCUGGGGACGCAUUGGAACCACGAUUGGAGGUCAUAAGUUGGAAAAGUUUCCAAACUUAAUUGAAGCAAUCGAUUCUUUUAAAGCUUUGUAUUUAGAAAAAUCGGGCAAUCAUUUUGAGAAUCGUGAUAACUUUGUUAAGGUAGCAGGAUGUAUGUAUCCUAUUGAUAUUGAUUACUCGGAAGAAGCCAAAGUGGAUUUGUCAGCUGAACAUAGUAUUAAAUCUAAGCUGCCUAUGCCGGUUCAAGAUAUCAUUAAAUUGAUAUUCGAUAUUGAUACCAUGAAGCGUACAAUGCUGGAAUUUGAUUUGGAUAUGGAGAAGAUGCCUCUUGGAAAACUGAGUCAAAAGCAAAUUCAGUCCGCUUACAAAGUGCUGACUGAAAUUCAUGGAUUGAUUCAAGAAAGUGGCACUGAUACGAAAUUUAUAGAUGCAACUAAUCGUUUCUAUACUUUAAUACCACAUAACUUUGGUACUCAGAGCCCGCCUCUACUCGAUACCACUGAGCAAAUAGAAAAAUUACGUGAAAUGCUAGAUUCUUUGCUGGAAAUUGAAUGUGCCUACAAUUUAAUUAAAACGGGCGAUGGUAAAGGGGAUUUAAAUCCCAUUGAUCAACACUAUGAACAACUCAAGAUUACUUUGGAGCCUAUGGAUAAGAAGAGUGAAGAAUAUGUUUUAUUGCAGAAAUAUGUUCAAAAUACCCAUGGUGAGACCCAUAAUAUGUAUGAACUGGACAUCGUGGAUAUAUUCAAAGUGUCUCGUCAAGGCGAGGCUCGUCGUUUUAAGCCUUUCAAGAAACUACAUAAUCGUCGUUUGCUUUGGCAUGGCUCCCGUCUUACUAAUUACGCGGGCAUUUUAUCCCAUGGUUUGAAAAUUGCUCCCCCAGAAGCUCCCUGCACGGGUUAUAUGUUUGGUAAAGGCAUUUACUUUGCUGACAUGGUAUCUAAGUCUGCGAAUUAUUGCUUCACUAGUAAUCAAAAUCCUACUGGCCUUAUGUUGCUGUCAGAGGUGGCGUUAGGUGAUAUGAUGGAAUGCACUGCGGCUAAAUAUGUUACAAAAUUAUCAAAAGAUAAACAUAGUUGCUUCGGUCGUGGCCGGACUAUGCCAGACCCCAAAGAAUCCCACUUUAGACAAGAUGGUGUAGAGAUUCCUUUAGGUAAACCAAUCACCGAUUCGGAACUGAAAUCUUCAUUGUUAUACAAUGAAUUUAUUGUAUACGAUAUAGCUCAGGUUAAUAUACAAUAUUUGUUUCGUAUGAAUUUCAAAUAUAAAUAUUAAGAUUAGAAUCGCACU